AUGAGGUCUCUUUUGGCUCUUACUUUGGCUACGGCCACUUCGGCCUUCGUCAUCCCCGAGGGCUUGGACGCGUUCAACACCUGGAAGGAUGAUCUGAAGCAAACCCUCGAAGACAUCCCCACGCGCUUUCGCAAAACCCUAGAUGAAGCGACUGAGCAGCUUUCGACUGAGUUCACGGCCGCAAUUCACAACAGACUCCAAGAUGAAGAAGCCUUCCUCCCUGCUGAUGAUGUAGACGACGACGAGUCUGCGGAUAUCUUUGGUCGGACAGGCGGUGACUUUACCGAUCAUACGACUUAUGAACUCAUCGCCAAGAGCAACUACACCAAGAAGUUCUUCAAGCUUGUUCAGAAGCAUGAGAAGUUUGGCAAGCUGCUUAACAGCACUGAUGCAAACUACACGCUCUUUGUCCCUACUGACGAGGCAUUUGAGCAUAUUCCUCAUCAUCAUAAGGAUAAGCCUAGUGAUGAGUUUGUCGAGGCUGUUCUCAACUACCAUCUUGGUAUUGGGGAGUAUCCUGCGUCGCGAAUCCUCUUCACGCAUACUAUUCCUACGACCCUGAAGGAACCUCUGCUUGGUGAUAAGCCUCAGCGUCUUCGCACCAGCGUUGGGUUUUCUGGGGUGAGGGUUAAUCUGUACAGCAAGGUCAUCGCUGUCAACUUCAAAACCAAGAACGGCAUCAUCCACGCUGUCAACAGAAUCCUCGUCCCUCCUCCCUUCAUCGGCAAGGAAAUCAGCCUUUUCCCAGCUCAAUUCUCAACUCUUCUGCUCGCCUUCGAAAAGACCGAUUUCGUCAAGUACAUCCACAACAUUCCCAUGGUCGGCAGCACUGUCUUCGCUCCCUCCAACGACGCAUGGCGCCGUCUGGGUCCCCGCGCAAACGCCUUCCUCUUCAACACCGAGACUGGCAAGAAGUAUCUCAAGGCCCUCCUCAAGUACCAGAUCGUCCCCAACAUUACUCUUUACAGUGAUGAGGUCUACUAUGGAGACGAGAAGGUGUCGAAGAAGCUUUAUGGCCAUGGCGAUGACUUCCAUAUUGAGCUCCCGACUCUUCUUGAGAGGAGUGUUGGUGUUGAUGUUCAUACUUUCAAGAGCUGGACUACUAUUGUGCUCAAUGGGCAUAAUGUUAUUGGGUUUAAUGAUGCUGUUGGUAAGAAUGGUGUUAUCCAGGUUCCCAAGACUAUUCCCAUUCCGCCUCAUAGAAAGGGUGAGCACCCUUCUGAGAUGGAAGGUGAGAUUAGUGUUGAGGAGCUCAAGGAGAGAUUGGAGGAGUACGUUGAGGAGGAGGAUGACGAUGACUUCGAGAACGGCGAGCUGUAA